CCCAGUAGGCUGUUCGGCCCCGUACGACAGCAUGGCGGCGUCCGGAGCGGCGGCAGCGGCGCUGGUGCAGUAUGUGGUACUGCGGGGGGACCUGGCCCGGCCGCCGCGGCAGUGGCCGCUGGGUGCGGUGGUGGCUCAGGGCUGUCACGCUGCUCUGGCAGCCGCGCACAGACACCGCGAACACCCCGAUACCCGCGCGUACAUGGAGCUGGGCGGCGCCAUGCGCACUGUGGUGCUGGAGGCUCCGGAUGAGGCUGCCCUGACGGCACUGGCCGAGACCCUGAAGCAGCACAGCAUUGACCACGAAGUGUGGACUGAGCAGCCUGAGAACACAGCCACCUGCCUGGCGCUCAGGCCUUACCCGAAGGACCAAGUGCACCAGCACCUGAGAAAAUUUAAGCUAUUGAAGUGACGGGCACUGGCAGCUCCCCUGGGCCAAAGCCGAGCUCACUCCCUGGUGGGAGCUGGGAGGAAAGCUGCUGUGCCUCAGGAGUGCUAAUGCUCAGCAGCAGGUAGUCAUCUUGCACUGUGACAGCAGUUACAGUGUGAAACAUCUCUUUGGUAGAGAGGAUUAAAUGUUAUCCUGUGCAGAAUGUGACUGUGUUAUAUUAA